AUGGAACGAUCAACAAAGGCAACAAAAAGCACGCAGACAUUCCUUACCGGGGAGUCUUUGUCAAAACUAUUGAUGCCCAAAAAACCCAUUAUGAUUUCCCCUUGUUCACAAACGGAUGCAAUAGACACAGAUGCAGAACGAUUAGUGCCUAAUUGUGGCAAAAUGACACAUGAUUGUCUGAAUGUUGUCGUUGACGUUAUAGAGCUGCCUAAACAGCCAGAAGCGAUUGAAUUUGAAAAUUCUGAUGCAGUUCAGCAAUCGGUAGGUGAAUCAGAUUGUGAGAAUAGUUCUUAUGAGGAGUUUAUGGCAACAUCAGAUUACGACAGUGAAUUGGAUGAAGAUUCAAAAGAACAUGACGAACCAAUAAUGCUAACUAGUACGAAAUCCAUCAAAGAUCAGUUGAAAUUCAUCAUAUGUGAAGAGUCCAUUGUUAAAACCUUCAGUGUGUGCAUGGAAUGUGGAAAUCAAUGCUCGCUUUUUAUUCGAAGUAGAGUUGGGAGCUGUUGUGUGAUUUGUAUCGCAUGCACAUCCUCUGCAGCACAUAAUAUAUCCUGGUCAACUGGACCCCUCAUGAAUCGCUUACCUGCUUUGAAUUUACUUAUAGCAUCCAGUAUCCGCAGCACGGGCAUGGAGUGUAAUAAAACUUUGAGGUUCAUGGAAUCGCUGAACAUAUUGUGUUUCAAGAGACGAGAAUUGUCCAACAUCCAAAGUGGGUAUGUUAUCCCGGCCGUUUUUAAUGUGUGGAAAUUGAAGCAACAAAAGUUGUUGAUUGGAAUUAAAAACAAGUCAAUCAUUAAAGCGUCAGACAUGCGGGUAGAUAGCCCGGGACAUAGUGGACUGCUCCGCGCUGGUAGUACACAUGAUGUAGAACGAAAUGUGGUUCUGGACACUCAAUGUGGUUCUGGACACUCAAGUUGUAAAGGUAACCGAGUUUUGAAUUAACCUCUUAAGACAAGUUCAAGUUUCGAUUAACUUCGUUAUACCGUAUUUUUAUCAUAUAUUCCAGUUACAUGUCAAAUAUAAAAUAUGCGAAUCAAUCAAAGGAGAAUAAUGCUAACAAGCAUUUCAAAACCAUACAUGACAUUAUUUAAUUUAUUGCAGAGCACUGAAGUUAAAAAUUCAAAUGGAAUUGAAUUAGAAUCCCUGAAGAGACAACUGACCUAUCUCGAGGAGGCUAAUAACAAAGUCAAGAAGCUUGUGACUGACCGACAUGUGCAAGUAUCAGCCUACAUGGCAAAUGAAAAACCAGCUAUUGACCACAAAUAUGAUGUUUGGCAUGUAGCAAAAGGUAGUUAUAAACUAAACUGCUGCUAAAGCAUCCUGUGUUAGUUCAACGCGCAAUGCGCCCCAUGCUCCCAACUCUCUAGCAUUUUAGUUGUCAAACACCAGAGCAUUUUACUUCUCUCGGCAAGGGAAGAGUCUUACGCGCUUAUGAGUUGAAAUAUUGUGUUAAUUCAUUCUGACUAAUUGCAUAAUAUUAAUUACAUAAUCAAUUACACUUAUCAGUUGUUUAAUAUAGUCUAAUUAGCCACUAUUAAAAAGGAUUUUUCUUCUCUAGGUGCGAAGAAAAAGCUACUGAAAGCGACCAAAAACAGAAAUUUAAGGCCAUCAAACCUUGGGUGGGGGUAUGCAUAUUAUAAUUGAAGUCCGGUGGUAAUGCUGUACACGUUUUUACUAAAAUAAGAGAGCAGGAUCCUACUUUAAGAACAGCUCACACAGACACCUUGCCUGAGCAUGUAUGGGUAUUUUAUAGAAACACUCCUUCUUGAUUUCAGGCUGUUUUGCUCAAAUAUGCAAUUUAAUGAGAACUCCAAAGGGGAUCAAGCCAAAACCAAACAAGGAGAUGACAGAUGGUUUGUAGUUUAUCCAAAGGCCUUUAAGGGAGAGAAACCUAUUGCUAGACAAGUGAAAGAAUGUCCAACUUUCAGUAAGUUUUUCACAAAUGUUGAUGUGGUGGUGUAAUUAUGUAGCUAUGUAUUAUUUACUUCAUAAAUCAAUUUAAAAAUGAGCCAAAAAGUCAUUUCCGUAAAAGGCACACAGUUGCCAUUUCAUCAAUAUUAUGUACUUGAAUUAAAAACUUUUGUAACUUUUUCAGGUUUGAGCUGUUAACCCUUUAUCACGCCAUGGGCCCCCAUGCGCCCAAUUUUAGUAUUUACUCUGUCUAACGCCAGAUGAUUUUACUCGUUCGAGGGAUAUCGAUGAGUGUUGGACGUUAGUGAAUAGGUCAUUCCAGAAAAGAUCCACACUCCCCCCACGGAGGAAAUUUCUGCCGUCCGGAGGGGAAGAAAAAAUGUUUCUGAUAAUAAUAAGUGUAUUAGGACAUCCGAAGGGAGUAGGGGGGUUAACAUCCAAUUUUCUCCGUGGGGGGAGGUAUGGAUGUUUUCUGGAAUGACCCAAUUAACAUGCUAAACUAAUGAAUAUCAAUAAAAUGGCAACUGUGUGUACAAUCACUCUAAUUUACAAUAACAUAUACUUAUAUCAUACAACUAAAAAUAUACUCUCACCAAUUUAGGUUAUAUACAAGAAAUACAACUUGAAAGUCUUGAAUUGCGGCAAAAGUACCGUACCUUAAAGAAAGCAAAGCUGCAUGCAAUGGAGGUCCGACCUAAAGAGCCAAUGUCAUUCGUAGAAAAAUACCAAAGUGGUAACCAACCAGAGAGCAAAGCACCUAUUGAUGCCAGACGACACAGCAGAUUUCCUCAGCCUGCCUAUCCAGAAGGAGAAUCUGACAUCAUCUGA